UCCCAGCAUGGCCAUGUCCACCAUGUCCAUCUGCUCCAGUGACCUGAGCUAUGGCAGCCGCGUCUGCCUUCCUGGUUCCUGUGACUCUUGCUCUGACUCCUGGCAGGUGGACGACUGCCCAGAGAGCUGCUGCGAGCCCCCCUGCUGCGCCCCCAGCUGCUGCGCCCCGGCCUCCUGCCUGACCCUGGUCUGCACCCCAGUGAGCUGUGUGUCCAGCCCCUGCUGCCAGGCGGCCUCUGAGCCCAGCCCCUGUCAAUCAGGCUGCACCCGCUCCCGCACAUCCUCGAGCUGCCAGCAGUCUAGCUGCCAGUCGGCUUGCUGCACCUCCUCCCCCUGCCAGCAGGCCUGCUGCGUGUCCAUCUGCUGCAAGUCUCCUGUCUGCUGCAAGUCCCUCUGCUGUGUGCCUGUCUGCUCUGGGGCUUCCACUUCAUGCUGCCAGCAGUCUAGCUGCCAGCCGGCUUGCUGCACCUCCUCCCCCUGCCAGCAGAGCUGCUGCGUGCCCGUCUGCUGCAAGCCCGUCUGGUGUGUGCCUGUGUGCUCUGGGGCUUCCUCUCUGUGCUGCCAGCAGUCUACCUACCAGCCAGCUUGCUGCACCACCUCAUGCUGCAGACCCUCCUCCUCCGUGUCCCUCCUCUGCCGCCCUGUGUGCAGACCCAGCUGCUGCAUGCCCGUCCCCUCCUGUUGUGUGCCCACCUUCUCCUGCCAGCCCAGCCACUGCUGCCUGGCCUCCUGCAUGUCCCGCCUCUGCCGCCCUGUGUGCUCCGUGGCCUGCUGAGGCCUCUGCUCAGGCCAGAAGCCCAGCUACUGAUGGGCAAGUCCCCUAGGACGAGCCAGGCUCAGGUUCCCCCCAACCUCUCCCACUGGUGACCUCUCAGCACACGCACUAGUACAUGCCGCACUAGUACACACCACACUGGUACGCACUGCACUGGUACACACCACACUGGUACACACUGCAGUGUGCAAGCUGGCUGACCUCACACCCCACAGCCACGGCUUACCCAUCCACUACCUCCAAGCCAGGCCCAGGCGACCAUGAGACAGCCCUCUCCUAUUAUUGAGGGGCCCCACGUGUUCCCUGGCAGAAUAGUCACCCACAGCCACAGGAGGUCCCUGGACCCCCUGCCCUUCUCCUCCAAGCCAUCAGCCGCCCUUGCCCACCACGUGCCUCACACAAUGAAUAAACUGGCCUUCCCUGCGUCUGCGUGCUCCUCUCCUGGCCUAGUGUUCUAUUUCAUUCUUUCUCUGGCCCUCUGUGCAAACACAGCCCUAGCUUUGGCAACCCUAGCCACGUCGUGGGAGCAUUUCUAGUGGUGCUGAGUUCCAGGCUUCCAUCCCUGCAGCCCAGGCCUCCUGGAUCUGCACCUCCAGGAAGCUCUCGGGGUGACCCUGCUGCAAAUCCAGGAUUCAGGUGGUGAUGUCUCUGGUGGCACAUCUGACCAGAGGACUCCUUGGCAGGAGGGGCCUGGUGCCCCCAUGCCUCCCUGU